GCGGCAACAAGCACUGGAAUUUUUUUCUCAGACUCUGGGUUUUCCUUGCGAGGUUCGAGGGAGGGAACCGAGCCAGCCCGGACGGCCGUGUAUAAAAGGAAGAUUACGCGCCUCGAAGUCACACUAACAUCCAGCGCUUUCAACAUGAAGGGUCUCGGAGUCAUUCUGUGCAGCGUCCUGGCGGUGGUUUCAGCCCAUGGAGGUAGACCUGGAGGCUUCCCUGGUGGAGUCCCCGGAGGCUUCCCUGGCGGAGUCCCCGGAGGCUUCCCUGGUGGAGUCCCCGGAGGUUUCCCUGGCGGAGUCCCUGGAGGUUUCCCUGCUGGACAUCCCGGAGGCUUCCCUAGCGCCACAGCCCCACCCGCCACCUGUAGGCGCUGGUGCCGAACUCCAGAACAGCAAGUUUACUGCUGUGAAACGGCAUUUGAACCCGAGGCGCCCGUCGGCACCAAGCCACUUAAUUGCCCACGAGUCCGUGACACCUGCCCACCGGUACGUUUCGGUGGACAACCACCAGUAACCUGCUCCAGCGACUACAAGUGCGGCGGCCUUGACAAAUGUUGCUUCGACAGGUGUUUGGGAGAACACGUGUGCAAGCCGCCUUCCUUCUAUAACCAGUUUGGUUGAAAAGGAAAAUUAAACUUAUUUAUUCAUUCGUCUAGUGUCCAUGAAUAAUAAAUGUUUUCUAAAAA